CCAACCGUGUUCAUCAUGGAGUCCUCAAGUUAUGUAACAUAUUCAUCACAAAGGACAACGACAUCAGGUGAUUUUGGAUUAGGAAAAUUGCUAGAUGCAGAAGGCCUUGCUUCCUCGGUAUCUGGCACACCAAACGACAUGUGCCCUGAGCUCCUUGCCGGCAUACCCUAUGGCUAUAAAUCUGAUAUAUGGUCGCUUGGAUACUGUAUGUUUGACAUUGCUGCACAUCAACCCCCGUUUAAAGCUUCUGACAAAACUGGACUUAUCAACAAAAUAAACCGGGGUUUGUUCUCACCACUUCCGAUUAUAUACUCCUCCACCUUGAAACAGAUAAUAAAAAUCAUGCUAAGGAAAACUCCAGAACACCGACCUACAGCUGCCGAGCUAUUGAGACAUCAACAUUUGCAACCAUACCUCCUCUUGUGUCACAACCCUUCAUCUGCGUUUCUUCCUGUGAAGUCCCCAAGCAGAACGAAAGAGAAAACACGACCAUCACCUGGAAAAUCUAUCAGUCCGAGAGGUAGCAGAGACAGACAGUUGAAGCUAAAAGAGAAGAGAACUGUCCUUUACUUUGACGAAAGUGAUAACAUUCAGCCAAGAAACUUAUCUGACAAUUAUAACACGUUCCAAGCCAAACUUGACACUAAGAGAGUCGAUCCAACAAGCUACUCGGUUAGGAUCUCUCAAGAUAGUGAGGAUUCUAAAAGUGGGGAGAUGAGUGAGGCAGCUGUUUGCAAUGGAUAUGAUCAACAGGAGACUAUCUCACAAACAGAUUUAUGAUCACUCCAAGCUCGUCAAGUUCAAGGGAAAAAACAUG